AUGUCUUCAACGAAAGGGAAAGGGAAAGGGAAGUCCAAGAGACCCAGUGAAGGGGACAGUUCUGCGGGGGGACUGCUGCUGGACCCGGCCUCUCACGGCUCUCCAGCGCCGAGCUCCAGAAACGCCAACCUCUUCACUGUCACCGACUUCAUUGAGAAAAAGGAUGACAGAACUCCUAAAAGCUGCAGGUCAUGGCUCGCUCAAAUGAGUCUUCAGUCCAUGAAAGCAGCCAAAGUGUGUAUCGGGAGACCUGUGCUGCUGACGAGCUCUCUGGGACAAGAGGUGUGCUUGGCCUGGCCUGUGGCCCCGUUCCCUGGUGGAAAAGUGGGUCUGCAGAAGAGCGCUGGGACCAACCUGAAGCUGAAGGCUGGAGAGCAGGUUCUGGUGGAGCCAGUGAGCGGACCCCUGCUGCAGGCCACAGAGGUGCUCGUCUCCAGCAGGUCAAAGGAUGACAAACUGGACACAGAUGAUUUCAAGAACUUUUUCCUGAGAACAUUCGAUGGAAACGUCAUUCUUCCCGGUAACGCAGUCUCUCUGAGUUACUUCGGUCGCUCCUGCAGUCUGCGAAUCGAGAGAAUCUGCGGCGAGGACGGUGUGACCCUCCAGAGACCUGCUCCUCCUCUGGGACAGGACCCCGAGGCAGACGAGUCCUCCGUGGACCCCCCAGAGCUGGACUCCACCGCCGCUGACCUGUCCCUCCACAUGAGCUCGCUCACUGUGGACGAGGACGAGCUCCGCACCCCCUCCUCCAGCGGGGACCCCCACCCCAGCGCCAGCACCCCCCGUCGCACCGCCCCCCUCCUGUCUCUGUCCUCCCCGGCCUCCUACAUUUCCCAGAAUGCAGCUGUGGAAGCCCAGGACAGCCCUCUGCAGCCUGACAGAGCUGAGAUGUGUCCGACAGCGCCCCCCGGUGGCGUCUCCAGCACGGACACUUUCUACUGCUUCUCCAGCUCCACCACAGUGAGCUUCAGGGACAGGACCUCUCACAGUGACGCAGACGAGCCCUCCAAAAGACCAAAAGUCAGUUACAGUAUGAUCGGCGGGCUCAGCGACCAGUUAGACGUCAUCAGGGAGACCAUAGAGCUUCCGUUAAAGAAUCCAGACCUUUUCUCCAACUAUGGUAUCGAGCCCCCGCGAGGAGUUCUGCUCUACGGGCCCCCAGGAACAGGGAAAACCAUGAUAGCCAGAGCCAUCGCCAAUGAAGUGGGAGCUCAUAUGACUGUGAUAAACGGACCAGAGAUUAUGAGCAAAUUCUACGGUGAGACUGAAGCGCGACUCCGGCAGAUCUUUCUGGAAGCUUCUCAAAGACGGCCGGCCAUAAUCUUCAUUGAUGAACUGGACGCUCUUUGUCCGAAGAGAGAAGGAGCACAGAAUGAAGUGGAGAAAAGAGUGGUGGCCUCUCUGCUCACUCUCAUGGAUGGCAUCGGCUCGGAAGAACACUCGGGUCAGCUGUUGGUUCUUGGAGCCACAAAUCGCCCACACGCCCUGGACCCAGCUCUCCGUCGACCUGGGCGCUUUGAUAAAGAAUUAGAGGUGGGGGUCCCUGGUGCUGCAGAACGAGCUGACAUCCUGCACAAGUUGCUGUGUGUGGUUCCUCACGACGCCUCGAUGGAGGAGCUGAGGCGGCUGGCAGAGAGCGCACACGGAUAUGUGGGAGCAGACCUGGCAGCGGUCUGUAAGGAGGCCGGUUUGCGUGCUCUGAGGCGAGCUCUCGGAGGAUCCUCUGGUCUGUCGGAUCAGGAGCUGAAGGCCACAGUGAGAGUGACGCUGCAGGACCUGAAGUGGGCCAUGUCUGUGGUGAAGCCCAGUGCUAUGAGGGAGGUGGCCAUCCAAGUUCCCACGGUGCGGUGGUCAGAUAUCGGAGGCAUGGAGGAGGUGAAGCUCAAACUGAAGCAGGCUGUGGAGUGGCCCCUGAGGCACCCUGAGGCCUUCACUCGGAUGGGCAUCCAGCCUCCUAAAGGAGUGUUGCUGUACGGGCCUCCAGGCUGCUCCAAGACCAUGAUCGCCAAGGCUCUGGCCAACGAAAGCGGACUCAACUUUUUGGCUAUCAAAGGGCCGGAGCUGCUCAGUAAAUACGUGGGGGAGUCGGAGAGAGCUGUCAGAGAGGUGUUUCGGAAAGCCCGCACCGUCGCUCCCUCCAUCGUCUUCUUCGACGAGAUUGAUGCUCUGGCCAGCGAGAGAGGAAGCUCCUCUGGGUCCGGUGGCGUGGGUGACCGGGUGCUGGCCCAGCUGCUGACGGAGAUGGACGGGAUGGAGCAGCUCCGAGACGUAACGGUGCUGGCCGCCACCAACCGACCCGACAUGAUAGAUAAGGCUCUGAUGAGGCCAGGGCGUCUCGACCGCAUCAUCUACGUCCCGCUUCCGGAUGCUUCCACGCGGAGAGAGAUCUUCAGUCUGCAGUUCAGGCACAUGCCCAUCGCCCCAGACGUUUCCCUGGAGCAGCUGGUGUCCAAGACCAACAAGUAUUCUGGAGCCGAGAUAACAGCCGUCUGCAGAGAGGCGGCGCUGCUGGCUCUGCAGGAGGACAUCAAAGCCCAGAGCGUCCAGCCGCGGCAUCUGGAGCAGGCCCUGACCGCCGUGCAGCCCCGCAUCCCCCACUCCCUCAUCCAGUCCUACAUCAGCUAUCAGCAGAGCCACAGUGGAGGUCUGGCCUUGUUCUGA